ACGAAUUUGCCAUUCCUACGUACCAAAAACCUUGAGUUCACCAUUUCUCCAUUGUUAGCUUCUAGGGUUUUGCAGAAUCCAAGGAAAACCAUGGCAUCAUCUUCUAGGGUUUUCGGAAACUAUUGCCGAACUCUAAUGGCUGCUGCAAAGAACUCCGCUGGAAAGACACCUCCGGCCACCACAACAACCGCGGCUGGAAAAGGUCGUUCUAAAGGCAUACUGAAACCUCAACCGAUUUCACCUGCUCUACAAAAAUUUGUCGGUACUUCUGAAAUCUCACGUACUGAUGCUGUUAAGAAAAUCUGGGAUUACAUCAAAACCAAUAAUCUUCAGAACCCUGCAAACAAGAAGGAGAUAAAUUGCGAUGACAUGUUGAAGACAAUAUUUGCUGGCAAGGACAAAGUUGGGUUUCUAGAGAUCGCAAAACUGCUUUCCAAUCAUUUUCAAAAGGCUUCUUAAAUUCCCCAAUUUGCAGUUCCUGUAAAACAUUAGGGGCUUUUCUUGGUACUACUGAACAUUGUAGUUAGUAACUUCUCCUUUUUGUAACCCUUCACUCUGGUAGUGAGUUGUGGUGCAUAGAUUUGAAAUCGGUAAGCUUUUGCAGUGUUUUAUGCCUGCUACUAUCCACAUUUUCUUUUUCCUGUUCUUCACUUUCGACUGAGCUGGAUUUAAUCAAGUGACAUCCACAGUUCAUGAUUCUAACUUUCUCAGGAUUGAUGUGUGGUAAUAGUUAUAGUUUUCUUAAUUA